GAACAAUGCGCAGUGCUGUACAUUAUGGAUUUGACAGGACUAAAAAUGGAUAGAAGAGUUAUGACACUUAUAACAGGUGGACUUGCUUCAAUAUCAGCAUUCAUGGCGGAACACUAUGUGGAAAUGGUACAUAGUUUUGUAGUGGUUAACGUACCUACCUUCAUAAGCGCACUGUGGACGGUUGCUAGACCUCUACUUCCCGAAAAAACGCAGAAUAAAGUGAAUAUUCUGGGUCCGAACUGGAAACAGGACAUUUUGGAAUUAGCAGAUCCGUCUUGUUUACCUACAUACUGGAAUGAAGACGAUCUUGAUGGCCCGUUUCUGGCUCCGAUAGAACGUGGCGUUGAAUACUCUCCCGAUGAGUACUAUAAAGGAUCGGUGCCGGAGAAUGCACAAACUUUGCACAUUCCGGCUGGAAAAAGCGGUUAUGUUGAUGUAGAAGCGAAACAGGUACAUUUUUUAAAAUUUUUUUGUCCUACCUACCCAGUGAACCUAAAAUUCCAAACAAUCCGAAAGGUUUUGGAAGAGUUAUAA